AUCAAAAUAAUCAUAUCUUAUGUAUCAUACCAUAUGUAUGAUUAUUAUAUAAUAAUAUUUUAAAUCAUUUUUUAAAAGUUUCAAUAUGCUUUGUGUUGUAAAAAAUCCAUUUAAGAAGCUUCUUCCCAAUUUAUUCGCUCAGAAGAACCAGGUUCAAUACGUUUUGAAGCGCCACUUGAACGUACACGAAUACAUAAGCUACAAACUUCUACAAGAGGUCGAACUACCAGUUCCGAAGCAUGGAAUAGCUGACCAAAAAGAUCAAAUAAAAAAACUAGCCCAAGAUUUAGGUACAAACGAUAUUGUAUUAAAAGCACAAGUCCUAACUGGAGGGCGAGGGAAAGGAACUUUUAAAAAUGGAAUGCAAGGAGGAGUUAAGCUUGUUAAUUCUGUCGAUGAAGCUGUGCAGAUUGGUAGUAAGAUGCUUGGAGAAGUUCUUGUAACAAAGCAAACAGGUGAAAAGGGCUUAUUGUGCAAGAAGUUAAUGGUAGCUGAAAGAAAAAAAUCAAAGAAAGAAUUUUAUAUAUGCAUCAUGAUGGAGAGAUCCUUCGAUGGACCAGUGAUGAUGGCUUCAGCGGAAGGUGGUGUUGAAAUUGAAGAAGUAGCUGCAAAAAAUCCUAAAGCAAUACAUUAUUUUCCCAUUGAUAUAUACAAAGGAGUGGAAAAAAAUACAGCUUUAAAAAUUGCUGAAUUAUUUAAUAUCUCUUCAAAAAAAGAUGAAGUAGUAAAAUUAGUCUCUAACAUGUACAAGCUAUUUAUUACUAAAGAUGCUACAAUGGUUGAAGUUAAUCCCUUAAUCGAAGACCAGAAUGGUGAACUGUUCUGCCUGGAUGCUAAAUUGCGAUUUGACGACAGCGCUAAAUAUCGCCAAAAAAAAUUGUUUGAGUACAGGGAUGUAACUCAAGAAGAUCCUAAGGAUGUUGCUGCUGGAGAUUUGGGCCUCAACUAUGUUGCACUGGAUGGUACCAUUGGCUGUAUGGUUAACGGAGCAGGAUUAGCAAUGGCUACAUGCGACAUAAUAAAACUUCAUGGCGGAAAUCCUGCUAAUUUUUUAGAUGUCGGUGGAGGAAGUCAAACGGAGCAAAUAAAAGAAGGAUUUAGAAUUAUUCUUUCACACGAGAAGGUCAAAGGAGUACUGGUUAAUAUAUUUGGUGGUAUUAAUAGAUGUGACAUAAUUGCAAAUGGAAUUGUUUUGGCACUCAAGGGAUCAAAAUUGAAUGUUCCCGUGGUCAUACGAUUGCAGGGUACAAAUGUGAAACAAGGGAAAGAGGUUUUAGAAAGCACCAAGUUACCAUUGAAGUCUAUUGAUGACCUGGAAGCAGCUGCCGAAGCUAUUGUGCGGUUGACGAGAUAAAAAUAAGCAUGGCAGUCCAAGAUAAAACAAAAAUCUUGAAUUAUUAUUAGAUGGAUACAAAUUAAUUAGAUGAAUAUACGUAGAUAAAUACAUGAUUGAAUAAAGUGCUCAUAAAUCACAUCAAAUUAAGAAAUGUCCUGGCUGACUUCACUUAGGCCUAUUAUAAUUAACAGAAAUAGAAAUAGAUGUCCGAUUUAUAUUUAAAAUUGUUGAUAUUUAUUUUAAUCUUUAAAUUUAUAUCAAACUGUUUGUCAUGAGAAUUAUUUUGUUAAAACGUACUAAAAUGUUUUAAAGCUUAAAUACUUCUUUCUUCCUUACGUAGUGAAUUCAAAACUAUCCGUGGAUUGUAGUAGUACAGUUUUAAAAUAAUAUUUUAAACAUGAUGCUCGAAAACAUUUAUUCAACAUAUAUAC